AUGUGUUGGCCAUCACGCUGUUCAUCAGAUUCACCAUUGUCCUCAGACACUGAGCCCUAUGGAUGCCCCAAAGUCACCUGGCUUCACCCUUCAUCCUCAUCCUCAGAGACUGAGCCCUGUCAACGUCCCCAAGUCACCUUGUUUGACUUGAUUCUUGGUGAAGAUUGGCAGCCAUCAGAGAAAAAAUCAUCUAGACAUCAACUGCCAGACAUAGAUGAGAUGCUCACGGAAACAUCAGUAACAUACCCAUCCACCUCUUUGGAUUUCUGCGAGAAUGGAGGCACCUGGGAGAAGGAUGGAUGUAUUUGUCCAGAGCAAUGGAAGGGAUUGAGGUGUACUAUAGUUAAUUUCUGUAAAAAUAGCACCUAUGACAAUUUCCAUUUUGGCAUUAUCACAGUGGGCAAAUAUGGACCUUCCAUUGAAAAAUGUGAAAGCAACACCGCAAAUGCGGGCUUCCCAAAGGCAACUCGGUUUUGCAACAUGACUGUUUAUGGUGACAUAAUCUUAGAAAAUGCUUCAAAAGUGAACUGUGAUCAAACCCUGGAGAGUCUGGCGGCUCAGGUGGAAAAUAUUACAGAAAAUUCUUUGGAGAUUUCUUCUGAAACCCUGCUUUUAACCUCCGACGCAAACAUGCUGACUGCUCAGGACAUCUCAUUUGCUACCACUGUGGUGCAACAGAUUUUUAACACAUCCAGGAAUGCAGUACCUGAGGCAAAGAAAAUUGCAGUAGCCACAGUAAGCCAACUUCUAGAUGCCAAAGAAGAUGUUUUCCAAGCUGCUGGCAGCUUUGGAAGCCUCACUACAGAAUUGGAGAAUUAUUCCUUGUCUUUGAUGAAUGAGUCUCUAUUCUACCCCAACAUUGCCAUCCAGUCUGUUGCACUACCUACAGAAGAUACUCCACAGCCGGUAACUGUUCUUUUUUCUGUCCAAAGAGGAGCUAAUGACAUUCUGGAUUCACAACAAACAUAUAUAGAAAUAAAUGAGAAGGAGCUGAAACCAGAGGACAAAACAGAACUGCAGAUUCUAAUCAAUACCACACAAAGCACCAAUGGGAAAUUUGGCUUUGUUCUGUAUCAGAAUAACAAAUUUUUCCAGUCAAAAACAUUCACCAUUAGGUCAAAUUUUAGUCAAAGAGUUGUUGCAUGCAAAUUUUCUGAUGGUGAGGAAGUUCCAAAUGUUUCUGUUGAAAUGAUCUUUAAACCAAAGUACAAUGAAUCUCAAUUCCAGCUGCAUUCCUAUGCCUGUGUCUUUUGGGACAUUACAAAGGAUGACUGGGAUACUUACGGGUGUCAAAAGAAACCCAACAACAACUCUCAAUUCCUUGGAUGUCAAUGCAACCACACCACUAGUUUUGCUGCAUUAAUGAGUUUUGAUUACAAUUACAGUUAUCCUGACUCUCUAGAUAUUAUAUCUAAAAUUGGUUGUGGAUUAUCCAUUGCUGCUUUGGCUAUUACAAUUAUAUUUCAGAUUGUUACCAGGAAACUUAGAAAAACUUCAGUUACCUGGGUGUUUGUGAGUCUCUGCACAUCUAUGCUGAUUUUCAACAUCCUCUUCCUCUUUGGAAUAGAAAACUCUAAUAAAAAUAGCAACAGGAGCUCUGAAGAUGACAAUGUGAUCCCUCAACAUGAUAUUAAUCCUCCAGAAAAUCAUACAUGCACAGUGAUGACUGUCUUACUGCAUUAUUUUCUGUUGGUGACAUUGACCUGGACAUGCCUCAAUGCUGUACAACUGUGCUUUCUUCUGCUCAGAGCUAUGAAACCACUCCCUCCGCAUUUCACUCUCUUUCUGUUUCUAAUGGGAUGGGGAAUACCUGCUAUAAUAGUGUCUUUAACAGUGGGAAUUAUUUAUCCACUAAAAGGGGCAUUAGGAUACCGACAAGAGAUAAUAUGUUGGCUUGCAGUUCCAGAAGAUGGCAAUUAUCUGGAGAGCCCAUGGUUGUGGUCAUUCAUUUUACCUGCAACUAUCAUUCUCAUCACUAAUGCUGUCAUAUUUAUUAUCAUCACAGUCAAAGUUCUAUGGGGAAGAAAUGAGAACUUGCAGAGCACAAAAAAGAGCUCAGUCAUGAAGAAGAUUCUUAGCAUGUUAUCCAUUGUUGUGGUUUUUGGGUUUACUUGGAUUCUGGGUUACCUGAUGCUAAUAGAUGAUCACAAUGUAAAAAUCAUCUUCAACUAUUUAUUCUGCAUUUUCAACACGACACAGGGUCUGCAAAUUUUCGUCCUCUAUACUGUUCGAACAAAAGUCUUCCAGAAUAAAGCUUCUGAUAUAUUCAAUUCAAUGUCAUCUACCAUUGGGAGGAUUAAAAUGCCUUCUCCAACGAAAAUUUCUCUACAUUCAGAGGUGUAUGAAAUGAUUAGGUCCCUUCCAAACAGAAUUGAAUGCUUUAGGUUGUUGGAGCAAUCUCCAACUAUUGAGGAGACAUUCCUUUCUGAAAGUGACCAAAGUAAUUCACGCUACUAA